GCUGCCUGUAAGACCUCCCGCAGGGCAAGCAUCAGCUUCCUGCCUCAGCCUCAGACCGGGCCGCUGGAUCACAUGAUGGAUGUACGCUGGUUAGCAUAGCGAGCUAACACGCUAGCUUCGGUUGUCAGAGCCGCUGUCAACACGAACCACAGCCGGAGACGGAGUCGCCCUCACCGGAUCGACAACUGCCUGGAAACUCCGGGCAUAGUGGAAAGAGAGUAGUCUUCUUUUCUCCUCGCACUCUUCAAGAUAUCGAGUCAUUAAACUUCAGCCCAGUGACUCGCGCUGGUUUCGGCAUCGGGGCUCAUCGCUCCAGCAAGUCGUCCGUCGGCGCGGGGACAUUGACAGACUGAGGCCGAGGACUCGCGUGGGAAAGAUGCAUCGGCGGUAAACAAGACAUCGACUUCAGAGGUGCACGUUGGUUUCGUAAUGACAAGCUGUUGUGCAGAAGAUGUCCACGCUGUCUGUGACUGAUAUCCCAGAUGUUGGUCAUGAUGAGAGUAAGGUGUUUGAAGGGGCCUCUGAGCUGCAGCUGGACUGCAUGGUUGAGGAGAGCAGCGGAGGCGCCACAGUGAAGCGCGGCGGCCUGCUGUCGCUCGCUGACCUCUCCCAGCCUGAUGACUUCCAUGCCCCCCCUCACAACGGCCCUUCACUGACCAAGAUGAGCAGCCCCCUGCCGGUGGAGACGGGCGACAUCAAGCUGGACCCGGCUGCAGGGGACACGUCCUGCAGCAGCAUAGAUGGUCAGCCAGUGAAGAGGAAGAAGGGGCCGGCUCCGAAGAUGCUGGGCAAUGAGGUGUGCAGCGUAUGUGGUGACAAGGCCUCGGGUUUCCAUUACAACGUGUUGAGCUGUGAAGGCUGCAAGGGCUUCUUCCGACGCAGCGUCAUCAAGAGUGCCCAGUACUCCUGCAAGAACAACGGCCGCUGUGAGAUGGACAUGUACAUGCGCCGCAAGUGCCAGCAGUGUCGCCUGCGCAAGUGUCGGGAGGCCGGCAUGUUGGAGCAGUGUGUCCUCUCCGAGGAGCAAAUCAGAAUCAAGAAGAUGAAGAAGCAGCAUGACGAGGACUCGGCCCGCACGUCCACCGUGGUCACGCCCACGCCUCCGCAGGAAGUGGUCACGCUGGAUCCUCAGCAGCUGGAGAUGAUCGAGAAGCUGGUGACCAUGCAGAAGCAAUGCAACAAGAGGUCUUUCCUCGAACGACCAAAAGUCACGCCGUGGCCUCAGAGUCAGGACUUGCAGAACCGAGAAGUGCGUCAGCAGCGGUUCGCCCACUUCACCGAGCUCGCCAUCAUGUCAGUGCAGGAGAUCGUGGAUUUUGCGAAGCAGCUUCCUGGUUUCCUGGAGCUCACGAGGGAGGAUCAGAUCGCUCUGCUGAAGACGUCCACCAUUGAGAUCAUGCUGCUGGAGACGUCACGCCGGUACAACCCUACUAUUGACAGCAUCACGUUUCUGAAGGACUUCAGUUAUAAUAAGGAUGAUUUCGCAAAAGCAGGGCUUCAGCUGGAGUUCAUUAACCCCAUCUUUGAGUUUUCAAAAGGAAUGAAUGACCUGCACUUGGACGAGGCCGAGUACGCUCUGCUCAUCGCUAUCAACAUCUUCUCUGCAGAUCGACCAAAUGUGCAGGAUCAUGAUUUGGUGGAGCGGCUGCAGCAGCCCUACGUGGACGCACUGCGCUCUUACAUCAUGAUCAAGAGACCGCAUGAUCACUUGAUGUUCCCCCGCAUGCUGAUGAAGCUGGUGAGCCUCCGCACGCUGAGCAGCGUCCACUCGGAGCAGGUCUUUGCCCUUCGCCUCCAGGACAAGAAGCUUCCCCCGCUGCUCUCGGAAAUCUGGGACGUCAACGAGUGACUGCGAACCUGGUGUCCCACUCCUGUGUCUUUAAAGUCCGAGAAUGAACCGGCAUCCAGCCGGGACCCGGGCCUCAUCCUGCACGGACUGGUUUAAGGAGUGGAGAUUACAUUUUUUCUCGUGGCAGGAGAGCAUCAUUGCCCUUCGCUCUCACACAGACUGCUGAACGGAUUUGUGUUCAUGAGAAGAAACCUGGACACUUAGUUUUUCUUUGAGCCUUUUGUUGAUCUUCCUCUUGAGUAGAUGCUGACAUGAUUGUGGCAAUAUUGAAUACCAGCAUCAGGCUCCGAAGCCGUUUAUCUGAUUUAAUAUCUGUUGAAAGUCUCUAGUGCAGUUCUGUACUCAUCCUCUAACAAUCAUCAGAAGGUUUGGAUCUGGUUUGAGCUGUUUGCCGUUUUACAGCUGAAGAUUUGGAUUUGCAGUCGUGCAAUAGGUGGAACCGGAUACAGAGUUGAGCAGAUUUGUAUCUGAUAUUGACGUCAUUGAUGUUGGGGUGAAGCAGUGGGUCAUCUGGAAGGUGUUGUGUAUUGAGAUAUGGCAACAAAUAGUUUGUCAGUUCAGAAAUCAAAACGUUUGGUGUAGUCGCUCAGGUAAAGUAAUGUGAAGUACACCUCUGGGAAUCUUUAAUUUCUAAGAGAGGACUUGAGUUUUCUUCCUAGUGCAUAAGGGACCCUUUUGGUCAUUUGUAGAUGCCCAUAAAACAUUCAUGUAAAUUGUAUAUUUAUUUUCACAGGACAACAGUGUUGUAGUUGAGUGCACACAGGGAGUUUCCACCAGAUCGUACAAUCACAAACCAACGCACAAGAAAGCUAAACUGCAGGUGACAGAGAGACCGUGCCCUCGUUGACAGGAAAUGGUGAAGUGACACAUUUUCUUUCUUUUCAACACAGCGCACUGGAACCUCGAAAUAGACGAGUGUCUCCAAAAUUCCAUGUAAAGAUGAGUUGGUUUAAAAAAAGGAAGUGAAUCUCCUCCGACAAGUUUGAAAACCCUGCUCCAACAAAGUUUAUGUUCAUGAAUCAAUAUAGAAAGAACCUCUAUUAACACCUAAUUCAUCAUGAUGUAUAUGUAAGGAGUUUCUUUUAUUCAUUUCAUAAUUAAACUGUACAAUCAUUUUCACAUUUCGAUCUGGGCUAAUCAUCGUGAGUGAGAAUUAAUGAGCAACACAGUUUCUAACCGGAUACAUAGAAAUUAGCUGCGUAUUCAUUUUGAUAAUGAAUACGAAUGAUACUGAAGAAAAAAGAUCUGUGAUUGAAUAGACAUUCACAUUACGUAUGAGUAUCCUCCUCCAACGGCUACUCGACACAAACAGCUUUAACUGGUCAGACUUUUUCAAAGCCUUGUUUAAAAGAAAAAAUCUACGUGGACGUGGAGCAGAGGACAUCAGGAAAUGAAUAGAAACAUUUGUAAAUGUCGUAACUGCAGAGAUCUAGAUGUUUAUUAUUCAUUCUGUGAUUUUCAUGCAUCUCUCCUGUGCAGUGCAAACUUGAAAUGCUGCGUUAACAGCCGAUAGAGGAAUAUUAAUGUAAAUACGUAGCUUUGAUGUGUAUUCUGGCUUUAAAAAAAAAGAAACUGGACGAGACGGUGCUACUGCAGCGUGUUUUCUGAAGUGAAAACAUUUUCAACCAUUUACGUGAGCUGCCGGUCAAAAUCAGAGCCUUUACAUCAGUGUUGAGCUUUUGAAUCAUGUUUAGAGACAGUUUCUUUCGGCUUCUGUUGAAUAAAUUUGCUUUUAACAGCUAAAAUGGGACAUGGAUUCUUCACAUGAGCAGAUAAAACCGAGCUGUCAUUAGCAAUUAGGUGAAAGCUGUGUGGUUCCAGGGGCAUCAGGCAGGAUGAGGUUUAAUUGGAUCUGAAUUGGUCAAAUUAAACCUCAUUUAACCAGCACUUGGUGAUGGUUGAAUUGAACUGCAGACUUGGGUUUGUCCCUUUUUUGUUGUUUUACUAUUUGUACGUAAAGUUUGCACCGUGUUUGUUUCAGUUAAAAACCUCCUAAAUGAUCAAAUCAUUCUUUAAAUCAUCCGUUUCUCACAGCAGAUAUUCUUGGCACGCUGCAGUAGCAGAAACGUGUGUGUUGCAAAUUGUAUUAACAAUGACAUCAUCAACUUUCUACUGUGACUUGUUCAAAUGUCUUGUCUAAUAAGGAUUCUACUGUUUCAUGUCCCUCCCCGUUGCACAGGAGAGGAGUGUAUGUGUGUGUGUCCGGAAAACCACAGGAUUCACUGAUCAACUCGUGUCAUAGACAAAAACAUAGACCUCUGUGUAAACUGCCAUUCAAUCCAUCUGUGAUAUAUAUACAAUUGCUUUUUUUUCAUUUGAUUGAUUCAAUGAAAAAAUGGCAAAUUGAGCAGCAUGUGAAUGGGGAAAAACCCUCCUGGUUGGUUGAUUGAAUUCAGAUGUGCUUUGUUGUAACAGUGGAAUGAUUUUCAACCUGCAGAGUCGUCACAGUAAAAUCUGCUUUAGUUCAUCCAGGUGGACUCAAAACAUCUAGAGCUCCAUGCCCAUAUCAACCUAAACUUAACUUCACCCUCUAACACACGGUGAUCUGGCAAAAUAUGACCAUGGAUUGUAUGAAGCCUUCUGCCUUCCCUCUCAAAGACCUGGUUUUGUUUUUUAUUAAUAGCUUAAAAAUGGGAACACAUUUGUUUGUUAUGGAUUUUUCUGACACCCCCCUCUCUAACAUUUGUAUUAAUGUUUUUGGAUUUCUUUUUGACAGAUGGAUUAAACGAAGCAGAUUAUAAGUGAUUUGUUUCCGUUCUGCAAAAAACUUAACUUUGGGUUUCAGUGAAAUGUAAAGUUUGCCUUUUUGGUUUCUGGUUUUCUGUUUGAGGCCAAAUACUUCAAACCACUGAAUUUAGUUUGAGCCUUGGCGAGUUUUCCACCAUGUUCUAAUGACCCACAGGUCAACGGACACAAAUGCUCUUGUUUUGUCCUCGAAUCAAACGAGCAGAAAGCUGUUGGCGCUGAAAUCUUUGUUUCUAGGUGUACAUGUUAUGUUAAUGAUGUAGGUAUCAGUUCAUUUUGCUGUAUAUACUGUAAGUGACAUCUGAUCUCAUUUAAUUCCUGUCCUGAAGGGUGACACUAAACAAUAUUGAUAUAUAGAAAUGCAAACCUAUUUUAAUACUUGUAACUCCUGAAGACCUUCUGUUUUGUAUGUACAGUAUAAAUUAAAGCUAUGCUGUAGUGCU